CAUUAGCCUAAUCAUUCGUUUUCCCUUUGGCGUAAACAGGAAAAAGACAAAUUUCUGAAAAAUAGAGAGGAAGUAAGGAGGAACUCCCUGGAGAAAGUGAUGACUUGAUAAAGAAAUGAAGAACCUUUUACCAAACUACGUUGUUACAACAUUUCUACAUAAUGGUAAAAGGUACACACAACGUAGAAUAAUAUUGGCUUCAGUCUUACUUCUAUUUUCUGGAUUGGUUUACUUAAUAUAUCAUGUUACUUUCAAUAUUGGUAUCUGGUAUGGAAAUCCUUAUGUUGGAACAUGGUGUCGAUACGAAAAGGUACCAAAAUUUGCGGUUAAACAUGAACCUGAUGAAAUAACAGUUGUUACUUCACUCUUUGAUUUAGGUUUAGUUAAAAAAGGAAAUGGAUUAUUAGACUAUCAUUCUCCAUUUAAAUAUAAACAGUGGGUUCGGCCUUUUAGUAAACUGACCAAUCCUGUGGUUGUAUUUGUGGAAGAUGACGAGACAGCCGAAUAUGUUAAAAAAGUGCGGAGUUGUAUUCCAACUACACAUACUAAAAUUAUUAAAGUGAAAAGAAAAGAUUUGUGGGCUUUUUCACUUUUUCGUCAAAUUAAGGAUAUAUUUUCUCAGUCUGUUUAUCCAAAACAUUAUCCGUAUACCACAAGUGCUGAAUUUUCUUGUUUAAUCCAUGCUAAAUAUGAAUUUUUACUGAACGUUACUCAAGAGAACUAUUUUAAAACGCCAUAUUUUGCUUGGGUGGAUGUGACUGCUUUUCGUAAACUUGAUGAAUCAGGGACUGGGAUCUUUAAACUCAUACCACCAAGUAAAUUUAACCGUGAAAAAGUUGGUUUUACCCAAGUGGGGCCUCACGAUCCUCAUUUAGAUUUGGCCUUUGUUAUGAUGUAUCGUGCUGUUUGGGUGUCGGGUAGUAUGGUACUUGGCACUAACAGUACUAUAAAACAGUUUGUUCAAGUGUAUAAAAAGAGUGUGGAAAGUUUAUUAGAUAAUGGGUUAGCUAAUACUGAUGAACAUAUUAUUUAUGCAAUGUAUACACAGAAAAUGAAGCAGCCCGAUCAAGUAAAAAUUCAUACGUAUCGCUGUCAUCAAGGCCAACUUGGAUUAACAGGAAAAGAUGCUUAUUAUUACUGUCUACUUUAUUUAUGUAAAUACACGUGGGAGAAUAUUCAUGGGGGUGUGGCUUCAAAAAUAGGGUUGUGAUUUAAAUUUUCAUAUGUGGCAGUAUUUUACAAAUUAUAUAAAGCAUAUCAUUUUCCCAAACUUCUUUUUUUGUAACAUUUACAUGUUUUAAGAUUUUUUAAUAUAAAGCAUAUCAUUUUCCGAAACUUCUUUUUAAUUGUACCAUAAUAUACAUGUUCUAAGAUUUACUACAUUCCCGUUUGAUUUAAAGGUAUAGUUUUUUAUGUUAUUAAAUUCAUUUUGUCAUUAUUUUUAUAGAAUAAAUAUUAUAACUCUAUAAAAGUGCCACAUUUACUGCCAAAGACACAAAAGGACCUGUUUCAUUAAGUUUACAGAAAAUUUGGUUAAAGACAUCCAAAAACCAUGUUCCUAGCCAUACAUUGGGUGUCUGGUUCAUACAGUAUAUUUCAUUUAUAGCAAUUUUUAUUAAAACAUUUUACUUGUU